GUUUGCAGAUGUUAAUAAAAAUGAUACAAGUGAAACUAAAACUAAGAAAAUGAAGUUUGUAGAAACAUCAAAUAAAGAGGCAGUAAGUGAAAGUAACACGAAUAAACCUAAAAACAAGAGAGCUAAGAAAAAUAAAGCUAAAAAAUCUGGUGUCAAUGGUAAUGACGAAGAAGUAGCUAAAAAAGCAAAGAUUAGCAAGGUUACGGAGUCUCCAGUAACCGUCAAGGGUGGUCUGACUGAGGAAAUGGUAGCAAAGUAUCCUGUCCUGAAAGAUGAGGAGCUGGUGAAGAGGUUCUUGGCUGUCAACAUGUCAAACAACCAGAAAGGUCGUGUCCGGGUAACCCUCAGAGACAGUCUCAAAGGCACCUCAGACGCCAUGCUACCAGACAUCAUCCACACCAAAAUGCAAGCCAUACUCAAACUACCCGAGCCAACGGACUCUGACCUGAGGAAACUUAGAAUACUAUACAACAUGUUGAAGACCGCCGUUAAAGGGAAGAAAUUUGUUAAAAAAGAGCCAGUCAAGAAGAUACAAGAAGUUAAGAAGAUAAAAGAAAAUAAAGAAGCGGAUAAGGAAGAGAAUGGUGCGGAAGAAAGUAAAAAAGAUAAGAAACAGGAGCGGAAAGUGAAGGGGCCUAAAAGAUAUGUUGUCUUUAUAGGGAAUUUGCCUUUGGAUAUCAGUGAAGAUAAGAUAUCAGAACACUUCUCCGACCUGAGCAGCCAGAUCGUGGGCGUGCGGAUUCCCAAGCCGCUGGAAAGUAAAAAGAGUGCCAUCGCAUAUUUGGAGCUCAGGGAUGAAUUUAGCUAUGAAUUGGCGCUGUCGAAACACCACUCUAUGCUGGACAAAAAGAGGAUCAAUGUAUUGUACUCCACGCAGCAGAACUCAAAGAUCACCAAAACUGAGGCAAAGGGUAAAGCAGCGAAACUAGUGGCCAUGCAGAAAUCCGGGCAAUUGGCCGGCAGCACGGCUCAAAACAAGAAGAGGAGUGCGCGACGCAAGAAAAUGAAACUGGCGCAGAAAGCCCAGGAGGCUGAGAGGGGAGUCUGAGCGUAGUGAGCGA